CGUUUCUUUAUUCAGACCCGUUAAAAAGAAAAACUGCGGACCGAAUGACCGAUAUCAUCGGGUCAGGGUCUGUUUGUGGAUUUCAGUUCAGUUUUCCCACCGCUACGUAGGCGGGCGAUUAGAGAACGGAGGGUUAAACACCGCAAUAAUCAGUUGAGGAGGAAGAGGGCAGAUGGCAAGUCAGCUGAAAAACCCUAAAUAUCAUCCGAAGCUCAACCCCAACUGGGCUGAGCUAUGUCAAAAACUCAAUAUCAACAGUUCAAAGAAACAGCUCAUAAAGCCUAUGCGAGAAUCAGAAACCCCUAGUACCAUCUUGGGGAAGAGAAAAGAGAGGCAUAAUGUGCUAGCGAGUGAUUCACAGACCAACCCUUUGGAUCCUACCUCGUCUGAUUUUAGUGUUACUGAUGUGAUAGCCAUGGAUUGUGAAAUGGUUGGUGUCAGCUCUCUUGGACACAAGAGCGCACUUGGGCGAGUCACAUUGGCGGAACUGGUUCCGAGCAAGACUUCUCCGCGCCCGUGGGAGUCUUACCAGACUGUUGACCACUGGUAGUUGACUGCUAAAGUCGUCUAAUCUGAAAGGCUGUGUGAAAUUGUGCCAUCAAGCUUUCCGGCGAUGGUGAAGAUACUAGCGGAGAGAUUGGUGGUCUCCUCUCAAUGUCACCGAUCUCAUUAGAGGUUGGGAUGGCAGAGUGGGUUCGACCUUGAUUCCCAUACCGGCGAUUUCGGCCGUCUCUUUUCGAUCUAGGACAGGUAAACAGAUGGGGAAAUGUUAUAUAUGAUGAAUAUGUCCGGCCAAUGGAAUAUGUUGUUGAUUUCCGCACCAAAAUAAGUGGAAUCAGACCUCACCACUUAAAGAAAGCAAAGAAUUUCAAUGCCGUUCAGAAGAAAGUUGCUGAGCUGACUAAAGGAAGAAUUCUUGUUGGCCAUGCUCUGCACAAUGAUCUGAAAGCUUUGCUGUUAAGUCACCCAAAGAAUGAUGUGCGUGAUACUUCCGAGUAUCAACCUUUCCUAAAAGAAGGACGUAGUCGUGCACUUAGGAGUCUUGCAGCCGAAAUUCUAGGAGCAGAUAUACAAAAUGGAGAGCAUUGUCCGGUGGAAGAUGCACGUGCUGCUAUGUUGCUUUACUUAAAACACAGGAGGGAGUGGGAAAAGCAUGUCAAGAGGAUGAAGAAAAAACAGGGAAUCCGGAAGCCGAAGAAGAAGAAGCUGGCGAAAGGUGCAGCCGUAGGUGAAGAUCAACUUGCUCCUGGAUAAUGUCUCCUGAGGCCUGAACUGCUAUGUUUUUUGUUUUCUUCAUCAAGAAAAAAAGGGUUUUCUGCUCAAACAGGUGAGGAAAUGAAUGGAUCUGCUCUUCAAUAUAAAAGAAGAAACACAGUAGAGUGUGCCUGCUCUUCUUCUUUCAAUGUACUGAAUAACUCGCCAAUUUCCAGAGUUCACACUGCAUCUGGUGGCGGAUGCCUUCAUUUAUUUUUUUAGGCUGGAUUAUUCUUAUUUUGGCACCAGAUAUCAUUUUCCAUCGACUGUUUUCGUAUGUUGGCCAUGGAAACAUAAAUAGGCUGGAAUACCAAAUUGGUAAAAAAAGAGGCUCCGGUCAUAUGGCUCAUUUUUAGCAGCGUGCUAAAAGAUGAACAUGUACCUGAGAUGAACUGAAUGUGGGUAUUAUGUGGGUAUUAUGCCUGUUCGUCUAGCUCUGUGAAGGAGCUGAGAAUAUUGCUAAAAGUUAUGGAGAACAAGUUGUCAAUCCUUUAUAAUGAAAUAAAU